AUGAUCACGUUCCGUUUGGGAUUUCCAGAACGCCGUUACCGACUCAGUGGCCAGCGUCCAGAUCCGGCUGACGGCGCCGUCGGGCGGUCCUGGCCGUCGGAUCGGGAUCCGAUCCCCCGGCUCCCUUGGCGUGUUAUAUGUGUACGCACACACGCGCACGGGGCUCACUCCGGACGGGGGAGAGAAUCCAAAGAGCAACCCAGCGGCAUCAUAUCCCUCCAUCCCACCGGCGCCGCGCUGCGCACUGCAGACGGAAACGGCCAAAGGAGGGCAGGCAGGAGCGCGCGGCGUGGGGCGAUGGGGAAGUACAUGCGCAAGUGCAGGGCGGAGGACGGCGUGGGCGGCGUGGAGGUCACGCAGGCCGUCGGCGUCCGGACCCGGUCGCGGGCGGCCGCGGCCAACGUCGUCGUUUCCAAGAGGAGGCGGCCGCUGCCGCCAAGCUCGCCCCUCGGCGGCGCCGCCGCUCGCGCCCAGAGCGGGAGCUGCUACCUGAAGCUGCGGAGCCGCAUGCUGUUCAUGGCCCCGCCGGCGCCUGCAUCGGCUGCUGGCCCAGGGCACAGGCCGGCGCCGCCGCUCCCGGCGGGCCUCUCGCGCUGCUCCAGCACGGCGUCGUCCGUGGACGCGUCGGCCGCGGGACAGGAUAGGAGCCUGCCGUCGUGCGGCUCCGACGCCGCUGCAAACAGCAAGGCAGGCGCUCCGGAGGGCUCAGCAAGCAACAACGCGGAGAGCGGCGGCAACCGCGAGAGGCGAGAGACGACGCCGUCCAGCCAUUUCCCCGGCGACCUGAGCGACCUGGAGUCGGAUCUGGCGGGCCAGAACAGCGGCCGGUCGUCGCUGCCGCAAACGCCGACCGCCCAGGUCCAGCCGGCCGCGAGGUCGAGGAUCCCGCCGGCGGCCGAGAUCGAGGAGUUCUUCGCGGCCGCCGAGGAGGCCGAGGCCAGGCGCUUCGCUUGCAAGUACAACUUCGACGUGGCCCGCGGCGUGCCUCUCGACUCCGGCCGGUACGAGUGGACCCCGGCGGUGAGCAGCAACUAG